AAAAGCGCUGCGUUCCUGUAACCGUCAUCAGUUUAACCUUUCUUCGAAGACACAUAGACGUCUGUGUGAGGAAGUGCUCAAACCGACCCAUUUUUAAGUCCAUAUAAGGUCGCAGAUCUGUAAGAAACUUUGAAAAUGCGAGAGUGUAUCAGUGUCCAUGUUGGCCAAGCUGGUGUCCAGAUGGGCAAUGCCUGCUGGGAGUUGUACUGUUUGGAGCAUGGAAUCCAGCCUGAUGGUCAGAUGCCCUCUGACAAGACUAUUGGUGGUGGAGAUGACUCCUUCAAUACAUUCUUCAGUGAGACGGGGGCUGGAAAACACGUUCCAAGAGCUGUUUUUGUUGACUUGGAGCCCACUGUUGUUGAUGAGGUCCGCACUGGAACCUACAGACAACUCUUCCACCCUGAGCAGCUGAUCACUGGCAAAGAAGAUGCUGCAAACAAUUACGCUCGUGGUCAUUACACCAUUGGUAAGGAGAUUGUUGACCUAGUCCUGGACCGUAUUCGCAAGCUGGCUGACCAGUGCACUGGUCUGCAGGGAUUCCUGAUCUUCCACAGUUUCGGUGGUGGCACUGGAUCUGGAUUUACCUCGCUUCUCAUGGAGCGACUGAGUGUGGAUUAUGGCAAGAAGUCCAAGCUGGAAUUCUCUAUCUACCCAGCUCCGCAAGUGUCUACUGCUGUUGUGGAACCCUACAACUCCAUUCUGACCACCCAUACAACACUGGAGCACUCCGACUGCGCCUUUAUGGUGGACAAUGAGGCCAUCUAUGACAUCUGCCGCAGAAACUUGGAUAUUGAGCGACCCACCUACACCAACCUGAAUCGCCUGAUUGGUCAGAUUGUUAGCUCCAUCACUGCCUCCCUGAGAUUUGAUGGUGCCCUCAACGUCGACUUGACCGAGUUCCAGACCAACUUGGUGCCUUACCCACGUAUUCACUUCCCACUGGCCACAUAUGCUCCCGUCAUCUCUGCUGAGAAGGCCUACCAUGAGCAGUUGUCUGUGGCCGAAGUUACCAAUGCCUGCUUCGAGCCUGCCAACCAGCUGGUAAAAUGUGAUCCACGCCACGGCAAAUAUAUGGCCUGCUGUAUGCUGUACAGAGGUGAUGUCGUCCCUAAGGAUGUAAAUGCUGCCAUUGCCACAAUCAAGACCAAGAGAACCAUCCAGUUCGUCGACUGGUGCCCCACUGGUUUCAAGGUCGGCAUUAACUACCAGCCACCAACCGUUGUCCCUGGAGGUGACUUGGCCAAGGUCCAGCGCGCUGUCUGCAUGUUGAGCAACACCACUGCCAUUGCUGAGGCCUGGGCUCGUCUUGACCACAAAUUUGAUCUAAUGUACGCCAAGCGUGCCUUUGUCCACUGGUACGUAGGAGAGGGUAUGGAGGAGGGAGAGUUCUCCGAGGCCCGUGAGGAUUUGGCUGCUCUGGAGAAGGACUACGAGGAAGUCGGCGUCGACUCCGUGGAACAGGAGGGAGAAGAGGAGGGUGACGAGUAUUAAUUUAUCAAGCUCCACCCAAAACCACAGCAGAAUUUGUGCUUUAAAAUGGACUUUCAGUUUUAAAACUUUCUAGUCAAGUUCAUUAAACUUACAAAAUUUUCAUUUUCCUUCAGACAUUCCUCUGUGCAAAAAGACAAUAAAAUUGCAUUGCUUUAAA